AGAUGAUAAAAUCGAAACCACCCAUUUCUUGUGGGGACAAAAAUGUAAUCCUACUUCCUACAGAAAAACAAGAGCGAUGCUUCCUUUGCUGAUGAUCAACAGAAAUGGCUCUAGUCUUACCUUCACUUUCUGCUUCUUACCCUAAUAAAGUCUCAGGUAAAUGGAAAAAAUGGAGAUACGUUGAUUUGUCAUUGAAUUUGUCUAGUACGGAAAGAAGAUUUACAAGAAUGUGUGCAUUUGCAUGUACAAAGUCAAGGAAGAAAAGAGUGUGGAUAUGGACAGAGAACAAACAAGUUAUGACUGCUGCUGUGGAGAGAGGUUGGAAUAUUUUCAUUUUCCCUUCAAAUCGUCAACAUCUUCCCCUUGAAUGGUCUUCAAUUGCAUUGAUAGAACCUCUCUUUAUUCAAGAUGGGGGAAUAUUUGAUCAUGAGCAUCAGAGAGUUGCUGCAUUUGCUGAGAUUUCUUCCCCCCAGCAGUUGGAACAGUUUCAGAUAUCGGAGGAACAGGCAAAUAAAGUUGUUGUUGAUCUACUAGAUUGGCAGGUGAUACCUGCUGAAAACAUUGUUGCAGCUUUUCAAGGCACUCGGAAAACUGUACUUGCUGUCUCAAAGACACAAUCAGAAGCUCAAGUCUUUUUUGAGGCCUUGGAACAUGGUUUGGGUGGUGUAGUAAUGAAAGUUGAGGAUGUUGGAGCGAUCCUUGAGCUGAAGGGUUAUUUUGAUAGAAGACAUGAAGUGGACAGUCUGUUGAACUUGACGAAAGCCAAAAUAACUCAUGUUCAAGCGACUGGAAUGGGUGACCGUGUCUGUGUGGAUAUCUGCAACCUCAUGCGACCUGGUGAAGGUCUUCUGGUUGGAUCCUUUGCAAGAGGGCUUUUCAUUGUUCACUCAGAAUGCUUGGAGUCAAAUUACAUUUCUAGCAGGCCUUUUCGAGUUAAUGCGGGGCCUGUUCAUGCAUAUGUUGCUGUUCCCGGAGGAAAGACCAGCUAUCUCUCGGAACUCAAGUCUGGGAAAGAGGUCAUUGUGGUUGAUCAAAAGGGUAUGCAGCGAACAGCAAUUGUUGGGCGUGUAAAGGUAGAGACUAGACCACUGAUCCUUGUGGAGGCAAAGGUAGAAUCAGAGAAUGAAAGUUAUUCUAUUCUCUUGCAGAACGCGGAAACAGUUGGAUUAGUCUCUCCCCUUCAUGGCGAGGGGCAUCAGCGAACAACAAUUCCAGUAACCUCACUAAAAGUUGGUGAUGAAGUUUUGCUUCUAAAACAGGGAGGCGCUCGACAUACUGGAAUAGAAAUUAAAGAGUUUAUUGUUGAGAAAUGAAUUAGUUUCCGCGCAUUCGCACAUUUUGUUCACAGAUGAGUUGCCUUAAGCUCCUAACGAUGAUACAAAUGUAUCUUUGACUAAAUUCUUUUAUUUGUACCAAAUUGUCUCUGACUGCUCUGUAAUUUAGAUUGAAUCAAGUUGUCAAAUAAAACUAGUUUGAAUUGA